AUGAGCUUUUCAACAACAAAAAUUAUACUAAUCGCAACAUUUCUUGUUUUAACAUCGUGUCAAUAUCUCAAUCUCAAUCUUCAUCGUCAUCAAAGUUGCGCUUGGAGAAAAUCAUCACAUUGGACUAGAAAAAUUGAAUUUCAAGGUGGUCAUUCAGAUAGCGGUGCGCUUCUCAAAUCAGCUGAAGAAAAGGGAUGCUAUGCUAUAAGUGUAGGUUGAAAAAAUUCGAUUUUACGAUGAAACUUUUGAUUCUCUUUAGGGAAAAGUGAAAAUUCAUGAAGAUAUCAGCGACGAACUUUUGAUCUACUUAUCAGUUUCAACAACUGGUGAUACACAAAGACCACCAGAAGUUUGCCGCGAUGCAAAUCCAGAAACUGGGUGUGGAGGUGUUGGAUCAUGGUAAUUACCCUUGGAAAAAUCUCAAUCUACAUAUCUAAAAAUAACAUUUUUUAUAGCCUUUAUUGCCGGCCGUGUGACUCAUUAGACUCAUUAACAAAAAUUCUUGGAGCUCAAUUAGUUGUGAAUGGGAAACCUGCUGGAUGUGAACCAUUGAAAGUAAGUUAUCUUAUUUUUGAAACACAUUCUGAUUUUGAUAAUACAUCGAGUACGAAAUUUCAUAUUUUUUGAGAACCAAUUUUAACAAAAACAAAAAAAAACAAUUGAUUUUACGACUGGAACGAAUUUAACGAGAAAAAUGAAUUUGUUUUUCCAACGACUGAAAAUAAUCGUAAAAUAAAAUUGAACUCUCAUCCAAAAUAGAUGUUAUAAUUAUAUGCGAAAAAGGAUGAAAUCACUCGUGGUCUUUGAAAAUUAGUGAAUCGCCUUGUGAAAAAAUCAUUCAAACAAAACAAAUUUGGUUUUCAGAAAGGCGAAUAUGACAAUGUUGAACUUCGUUUCUGUUUGCCAAAAUUAUCAGCGCUUUUGGAAUGGCAAGGAAUUUCUGAAGAUGCGUUAGAUCAUAUUCUUGCUGCGACAACUCAAGAAGGAAAUGGGCCACCAAAACUCAGUCUUUUUGUCACUGUAUAUAUUUUUGAUAAGGAUAUCAAACCACUUCUUGUGUGAGUAAUCAAGUUUUCAUUGGGAGACUUUUUUAUUUUUUCCAGAUCUCAAAGAAAAUUGGAAUCUCGUAUUCGUGAGCUUCGCACAAUUUCGGCUGAUGAACAAAUUGAUUCUCAAACAUAUUGGAAUCUUCCAUUCAAUCAAAUUAUCAAAAAGCAAAGCGUGUUUGUUGGAUGUCAUAAAUUGUAUGGAACUAUCAGUUUGAGUGAUGUGCAAAAAUAA